CUUACGGAGAUCGAUCGAAGGAAAACAAACUCGCAUGACCGAUAAAAAUAUCCAAAGAGUCUAGUACGCUUUUUGUUUUGUCAAGGUAAUAUCUAACGAUAUUAUUAUUAUACGAGAAUUUUUAAUACAAAUAAAUUUAGCUUGAGAAAUAUUCUAUACGGUAAAAAAAAAGAAAAAAGAAAAAAAAUGGUUUAUGGCCCUUACGUACAUAUCGUUUUUAAUAACGUCUUAACAAUAUCUUGUAGUAAAACGCAAGCACCUAAAUAAUCCUAUAUGUCGUAUAUGUAAUAUCCAUCCCGAUGAUUAUCUCUUAAAUUACAGGAGUGAUAUGGGAUAAGAUUAAUCGCUUUAAUAUCAAUUAUAAGAAAAUUUUUAUAUCAAAAAAAGAUCCAAUAAGUAGCCGUGGUGGAAUACUCUAAUCUGUUAUUGAAUGUCGAAGGCUCCGUGGAAUUGUGACUGCGGUCGUUCCGAUCCGAUAAUAUUUAAAAAAAGAAAAAACGAAAGAUUCGCUUGCAAUUGUGGUUGGGAGGGAAAAUUCAUUUACGGUGUUUCCCUCACUUUGGCUAUCUUCGAAAUGAAACGCUUUUUCAUGUUGUUAUUGGAGAUAAUAGCUGAAUGGCAAGUGAUUCGAUUCGCUGGUGGUUUACGUCCUGUUAUUCUCACCUUGCUCGACAUUAUCGUUGGCUUGCCAACAGCUAUGUUAGCUGUUCGUAUUAUACGCAAAUAUAAAAUGCCGCGAUGUUCGAAACCUAAAAAACUAUUUAAAUGCCUUUUGUUCGUAAUAACGAUUUGCGUUCUCCUAAAUAUCAUGACCCUUAUCUCGAUUGGAUAUCACAUUAGCGUAAAACAGGAAACUCUUGUAAAUAUAUUCAACGCUUCUAUGCAUCUUUACAUUAAUAUGGCGUCGUACAAAUAUGCAAUAGAUGAGUUACAACUUGUGUUCCAAUGUUGCGGGCAUACUUCUUACACCGAUUGGUUUCUUUUCGAUUGGCAGAUGGCAGAUUAUGCAUCACGUGAUGAAAUGAUUUAUGAUAAUAGAAUAUCUGAUGAAGAAUUUCGAGAUCGCGGAGUACCAUUUAGUUGCUGUAGUUUACGUUCGAUGACACCAUGCGUACAUGCCGAGAUGAUGGAUAAGGAUAUUAAAAGUAUCAAUGAAAAUGGCUGUGCGGAAGUUAUCAGUCCAGUUAUAAUUAGGAUCGUUGUAAUCGCAUAUGUCAUGACUACCACGUUGAUCGUCACGCAAGCUCUAUUAGCUUUUUUAAUCGCAAGAGUACAUUAACAACAACGAUGCAUCAUCGAUACGACCUAUACGAUUAUUCGAUAUUAUUUUAAGGAUCUAUAUUUCAUUUUUGUAGAUGAUCGAUAGAUUUUCCGAAAGAGUACGAUUUCCUGUUUCUUCUUUAAGCUCAAUGGAUGGAUCUACCUGUUUCCUUACAGAAACAAAUAGCUCGAGUAAAAAGAAAAACGAUCGUUAUAUUACUUCGUCGAUUUACAAAUGUGUACCACGAGAUAAAACAAAGUCUGGACAAAAAGGGAUGAAGAUAAAACGUUUAUCUCUUGUAAAGAACGAUUCUACAAGAAGAAAGAAAAGCCGACAAAAAUCAUUGAAUUCUUCUAUAUCACGAUGUAGUUCUCCUAUUAUAGAAUGCACUAUCGAAAAUUCUGAAGUAGCAAGAAUAAAACCGAGUACUCACGAGGAACAUAGGAUAUCAAGGAAACGUUUGUUGACCAAACGAAUUCGUUGAAUUUGUUAACUUCAUUAUAUGCACUUUCUUAAGGGCGAACAAUGAGAAGAACAAAGAUUCUUUAAGGGAUAGUGACAGAUUAAAAAAGAAGAAGAAUUAAGCGUUAAGAUAGCAAUUAAAAAAUAUUCCGCACAGCACGAAAUAUUAAUAGGAAACGAGGAAAGUAUUUCGUUACGCAUGGAAUGCCGUGGUGUGAAACGUAUGCCAGUAUCCAAAACAAAAUAUUGUUUGUUAUGAUUGGAGGUAAGUUGUCUAAAAGGUGGAAAACAUAAUCGUCGGC